AAUGGCCCGUUUAGGCCGCUAUUAAGGCGGACAGCUGCCGCCUGCCCCCGACGCCGCCCCAUUGGCCCGUGGGCCGCCGCCGGGGGGUGGAGCCUCGGCAGCCAGCCGGCCCCUCCCCCGGCCUCCGAGAGUCAGUCACUCGGCGAAGAGCAUCCGCAGCGGACCGGACCGAGACGCGCGCGUCCCAAGCCAGCCACCAACAUGCCACAAGACACAACAGACCGGCUGUGAAGUCCAGUUUGCCCCAAGUGAAAAGACUGUUUUGCACCAGAUUCGGUUCUAAAGCAAGUGCAGCAAGCAAGUUUACCAAACUGGUGGUGCCAGGCGGAUGCAGCAGGCGACCGCAGUGAUGACGGUGAUGCAGCAGCAGCAGGACCAGGAAGCGGCCGGCGGCCACCGUGGCGGCCACCAUCAAGACAAGGCAAACAGCCGACAGCGAUUUUCCUUCAGCGUGGCCGCACUUCUGGCCGACACGCGGCCACCGGCCACGCCGCCCGACGCGGCCGCCGGCUCAGACAGCGAGGCCGACGACGUUAGCGUAUUGGGCACGCCCCCAAGCAGCCCCGCGGCCAGCACCAGCGGCAGUGACCGCUUGGCCGCCUCCCCGGCUGCCAGCAACCACCACUCGUCGUUGGCCGGCCUCGUGGCCCAUGUCGUGGCCCCCGUCCGGCCCACUCCGUUCUCCCUGUACGCGGCCGCAGCUGCGGGCUCCGGCUGGGCGCUUCACCACGGCGCCGGCUCUCACCACGGGCCCUUUAGCGGCCACUUCAACCCCGCGGCCGGUCUCUCGCCCUUUGGUGCUGCGCUUGUCCACGGUGCUGACGGGGAGCCACCCAAACUGAAGUGCAAUCUGAGAAAGCACAAACCUAAUCGGAAGCCACGCACGCCGUUCACCACGCAGCAACUAAUGUCGCUGGAGAAAAAGUUCAGGGAGAAGCAGUACCUCUCCAUCGCGGAAAGGGCAGAGUUUUCCAGCUCUCUUCACCUGACAGAAACACAGGUGAAAAUCUGGUUCCAAAACAGACGUGCCAAGGCAAAGCGGCUGCAGGAAGCGGAAAUCGAGAAAAUCAAGAUGGCGGCGCGUCCCCUGUACGGCCCACCGUUCGGCCUGCUGCCGCCCGGACACCCGGCGAACCACCCAGCCCUGCUAGGGGCCCACCACGCGGCGCUGGCGGCCCACCACCCACGUGCCAUGGCCGCGGCGUUGGCCGGCGCUGUAAUGGGCGCUGGAGGCCCCUUCUCAUUCUCCUCGCCCCCCGGGCCACCACCGUCAUCGACGGUUACGCCCACCAGCCCGCCCCCUAGCGGAUCGAGCGGCAACUCGUGAGGAGGCCUCCUCGACGCCAUUUGUGCGCGACUCGUUCUUGUUGACAGACUCUGCUGAAGCGAGCCGAUUUCUGUGUAUUUAUUGUGCGCCAGAACUACAUUCCAGACUGUAAAAAAUGAUGAUGUGACUGUAAAAAUCUUUUCGCUCUUCACUUGUGUACGUGUUGAACAGUGACUCUCGGUGUAUAUACGCGCGAAAGGCGCAGCUAAUCGAUUGUAGAUAAUAAAAAUGCGAUUCACCGUCUUCAAACUAUGUUGAAAGUA